AUGCCCCUUUCUUUUGUUCUAAUAUGCGAUUUGCUGGAGCAGGCUCAUAAGCAAUGCAAAUCCGGCAACAAGAACCUCAACCAACGGGUUUCUAACUGGUUCACCCAACACCGCCGCCAUGUCGACGACCCUGGAACCGAUGCCUCUGCUCUGCUGUCUACUCUCCUCCCAGACAAGCGCACCGAUCGUGUGUAUGCCAUCCAGGCCGACACGCUGUCAAACAUCAUCGGCAGGGCCCUGCGUCUUGGAGCUUCACGCGUGAAAGAGCUACGCCGAUACAAAGAGGCCGGCCGUGGCGAGGAUCUGGCUGACUGUGUUGCAAGGGUCCUCAAAGAAACGCCAAACCCCAUGUUCGUCGGGAAGGAUGCCUUAACUGUCGAGGAGAUCGAUUUAGCUCUGAACAGCCUCGCCGCCUCCUGCAGAUUCAGCUCUCCCGCUGUUCGAGCCUCGCAGUCCCAUUCAAGCAGUCGGGAUGAGAUCCUUGGCGACCUGUACCUUCGUGUGCAAGCGAGAGAAGCCAAAUGGCUCACGCGCCUGAUACUCAAAGACUUCCAACCGGUCAUGCUUGACCCCGGACACGUUUAUCAAUGCUACGAUCCCCUGCUCCCCCAAAUCCUGAGGGUUCAAGACGACUUCUCGGCGGCAUUGUCCCUUCUGCAGAAACUGAGGAGAGAACCCUCGUUCCGCAGCGGUAUGGAAAACAGGGGAGAUGUGCUGAUGAAGCACUUGACACCUGUCCUAGGCGUCAAAGUCGGCAGGCCGUUCUGGCUGAAAGGCCGAAGCAUCAGGCAUUGCAUGAAGCUCGGCCACGGCCGCAUGAGCUGCGAGAAGAAGAUGGACGGAGAAUACUGCCAGAUCCAUAUAGACCUGAGCAAGGGAUUCAGGUGUAUCCAGAUCUUCUCCAAAAGCGGCAAAGACAGCACCAGCGAUCGUGCCGCGUUGCAUGGAGCAAUCCGGGACUCUCUCAACAUUGGAAAGCCAAAAUGCAAGCUCACCCGUGGGUGUAUUCUGGAGGGGGAGCUAGUGGUCUACAGUGACAAGGCAUGA